CAGCCGAGAAGUGGAAGCGAGGGAGAGGCAAGGAUUCAUUUCGAAAAUUGAUCUAGCUAUAUUUUUGUUAUUUGUUACACAGAGGGUUUAAUAUAUACGAGUCCUGGAGGUGUGAAAAGAGGCCAUGUCGGUGAAUAUGGACGAACUCAGGCAUCAAGUGAUGAUUAACCAGUUUGUUUUGACUGCUGGUUGUGCCGCUGACCAGGCAAAGCAACUCCUUCAGGCGGCGCACUGGCAGUUCGAGACUGCCCUAAGCGCUUUUUUCCAGGAGGCUAACAUCCCCAGUCACCACCACCAGAUGAUGUGCACUCCACGCAACACGCCAGCCACGCCACCUAACUUCCCUGACGCCAUCACCAUGUUCUCCAAGCUGCGUGCGUCGGAGUGUUCCAGCGGUGGUGCACCUGCCCAGGCCCCUGUGGCCUGCUCUUCUCCCCCCACCUCCACGCCCACCUUCGACUACUUCUGGGCCUCAUCACCACCCAGCCACCAGCCCGCUUGGUUGCCCCCCUCCUCGCCCACGGGCCACCACACACACCUCCAUCACCACCACCACCACCACCACCACCACCAUAUGCAUCAGGCACCCAUGUGGCCACCCGUUUCUCAGCCCACCGGAGCCCAGCAGACGCCUGUCAUUUCAGCCCUGCAUGGCCAGAGAUGAGACUCUAAUUAUUAUGGGGCAUGGGAGGUAAAUGGCUUUGGUGGGGGAAGGGGAGGGAGUGAAGGAGGUUUUGGAAUGGGGCAGAGUUAAGAAGAGCUGAAAAGGAUGUGUUUAAUGAGGAUGUAAAAAAGGCAGUGGAUGGCCAUGGGGAAAAGACAAGGUACUGCGAUUCCCCCUAAAAGAAAUGAACAAUCUUUCUUCUAUCAGAAAUCAUCUGGGAGUUUUUUUGUUUUGUUUUGUUUUUUUCUUCGAUUUCUUAAUUGUUUAUGUAAUAACUGUAAAAGCCUAGGAAGAACCACUAUAAAAUAAAUCAAGGAAAUGUAAACCAUUUGGGGGGGGGGGGGGGGUGCGCAACAGCAGCAAAGGAACCUUGGAAAUGCAGUUUUGUUUUAUUUCAUGCCAUGGAGACAUCUGAGGAGCGGGAGAAAGGAAGAAUGUGUUUCAGGCUGCUGUCUUUCUCCUCUGUAGCACUGCAUCAACAAGCACUCAUACUAAAGGCUGCAAAACAUUUAAGAGUAAAACAGUUAUGACUGGUCAUGAUGUUCUACAAGACUUCUAGCGGUCUGAUUGAGAGCAAAUAUGCAAUACCAGUUCUUCAGGCAUGGUGGAAAUAGGGACACUACCUUUUUUCCCUCUGUCAAUAAACCGAAGCCUAACAGUGGAUGUUCAGUCUAAGCAAGGAUGGGAGAUCUGGAUUUGUAAGUGAUUAAGUGAAUGUUGUAUACAAUCUGCAAUAAUUUUGAAAAAAAAAUGGGCUGUUAUUAGGCAUCAGAGUCCUGGUGUCUCAGGGACUCAUAGUUUUCAUAUGGUUGUUUUAGAAUGUUGGAAUGUAGGAUUUGAAUGCAAAUCCUCUUUGCUGAUGCCUUUUUCCCCAAAAAUAAUGAUGGCUGGUUAUGUCAUAAAACUGUGUGUGUGUGUGUGUGUGUGUGUGUGUGUGUGUGUGUGUGUGUGUGUGUGUGUGUGUGU